GUGCUGAACGCUCUCCUCCGCAACAGUGUAUUGUCCAUUCCGGUUCAGCGCCAAGUAGCAAGUGCCUUGCGAGGUGCUAAAGUGUCAACUAAGUGUUCUACUGCAACUUCAGCGAAAACAACGUCCAACGAACGCAAGAAUGGCGUCCUGUCAACAGCGGUUGGUAGUGCUACUGCUUAGUAUGCACCUUCUGGUGACGUGCGUCCUGGCGAUCCCAUCACCGGCGGCCUCAAGCGCAAGCGCAGCGGCAGCCAAGCAUGAUGACGUGGCGAAACCACUGGACUCCGACACGGGCGAUGAUCGCGAGCUGAAGAGCGAUGACGAUGGGUACGACUUCUUCAUGAUCGAUCAACUGUUCCUCAACAAUCCCCAGUACCGUCAGCUGAUCAGCGAUCUGCAGGCGCACACGUUCGGUAGCAACUGGCGCCGAAAGCGGGACGUCUCGGACAGUGAGCUCCCGGAUGCGUUCCGUGGUGAGAUCACCGAAAAGCCGAGAACCUCGACCUCCGUACCAUCGUCGUCCACCACGAGCACCACCACCACCAUCACCACCAGCGCCAGCUCUUCCAGCUCAACUCCCGUGACCUCUACCACCACAUCGAAUGCUCCAACGUCGGGAACGUCGGGAACGUCGGUGGCCGCCGAUGUGGAAUCGAACCGUGACAUUACCUCAUCCUCCACCAACCUACCGAAGGCGGCCGCACUGACCAGCACCAAGGCGGACGUUCCCGCUAAAAGCUCAUCCACCGGGACCGGCGGCACCACGACACCACUCGUGACCUCGACUCCAUCGCGUGGCUCCACUGUCUCCACCAGUGCCUCGUACGGGUCGUCUGGCUCGACGGAACCACCAACGGCACGCAAUGCCACCCUCGAGAUGACGACGGCGGCCGCACCGAUCCGUGCCAGCACACCGAGACGAUUGUCGCACAAGAAUGGUUCGAACAAAAACAAGAACAAACCGUCGUCGACCACCAACAAACCGACCAGCGUACCGGCCGGCGUUGGUCCGAACGCGGUCAAUGUGAACAAGGUCAGUGUUAGCAGCAAUGCCGUGGCCAGCAGCAGCAGCAGCAGCACAAACAGUGGCAGCAACUCCGGCAGUACUCCGGCACUCCAGGCCGACGUACCGGUAGCGAUCCCGGCGACCGAAAAUGGAACUUCCGCUGGACUGGCUGGGAACAACAAAGAUAAGACUGGACUGGCCCCGACAAAGUACCACUACUAUCCACACAAUCAGCAUAUCUACUUCCUGCCCGAGUGCGCCAUACAGCAGGUGUGCAAUGCUGUCUACGUACGUCUCAACUACACCCAGCCUCUGUGCGCCUGUCCGCCAAGAUACCGUGAUCCGUGCUCGGCCAGUCUGAACGAGGAUGACAACCAUACGAUCAAGCUCGUCGGUAACCAGCAGAAGCGUGCGAUCACGCUGGCCAAGACGUGCGAGAACACCAACGAACUGCGCGACUGUCGUGCACCGAAGGACUGGUCCAUUCUCGCCCUACAGAACACCCGGACCGGCAAGUCGCACUAUCUGGUCAUCUGCAAGUGCCCACCACACUACCGACUUGAGGGACCAUUGGCUCACGAUCAGCCUACUUACGCCGGAUUGCCCGGAAUCAACGUGUACGGUAUGCUGUGCGUUCCACCGGAGACUUCUAGCUACUAUGCCUCCAAGCCUGCCAAGACGCCCUCCAACGUGUACAACAAAUGGAAGAUCCCGUCACGACAGCCGGUCUCUUCGUACCGUGGCAGUGUCGCCGGUUCGAACGUUGAUGCUGAGACUGAGUCCGAAUCGCGGACAUACCAGAACUCGACGGACACUUCGGCAGCUGGUAGCGAAGAGUAGAUUCACCGCUAACCACCAACUUCCGGAGCAGCACACCAUGAAUUGAUGGCUGCGUAGCUCCUAUUGCGCAUGAAAGACUACAAAGUUCAUACUCAAUCACAAGCCGAAACUCAUUUGUCUUCUCCAUCCCGCACAUAUUGGGAUCUUGUCCUUUCAAGAGGAAGGAUCACUCAUUAGCCUAUCGUCUGUAUUUGUUGGAUUCUGCAAAUCGGACGAAUAGAAUCACCUACAUAGACUCAUGAAUGAAACACGUGACGUUGAAACGGUUCCGGAUCGCGAACGUACGACAUAGCCUAGCGAAUGUUCGCCAUCCAGGGAACCGUUUUCACACCGAUAGAUGAAGAAUCGGGGCUGUCCCAAAAACUUCGCGGAUUUUUUUUUCCUUUUUGUUUUUUGAGUUUCAAACUGUCACACCAGUGGGAGAGGCAUGCGAUGGCAUCCGGAUACUCUUUCUUUUCAUCGCUACUGGGCCCGAAUGAUGUCAGGGAGAAACGACUGGUUAGGAGAGUUCCCUGCCACCGACUGACAGUGGGUUGGUGAGGUGCGUACCAAAUUUUAACGGAACUAGACAGCAGCUGGCCAUCAGUGAUGGAAAGAAAGAGGGCCGGUAGAAACUGUUCCGCCUCCCAGAGCAAGAGUGAAGGAGCAUCGUCCGGGGGACUACCGGGACCGGAGUCUCUGAGGUGGCAAACUUAACUCCCGGUACACCUUUUGUCUUACUUAUUUAUUAACAUCCUACUAUUUAUUAUUAAAAACAAAUCCCCUUUUUUACUUAUAACAACGAACAACAAAACCAACGAGCGAGCGAACGAGCGAAAAAGGAGGAGAGUGACGCGAAUGCAACGAAGUAUUUAAAUCAAUUGGUCGUGAACCACGGCGUCUUCCACGGACAGAGUUGCACCCCCUCCGGUUGCAACUCCAGCUCCAGUCGAGGGCAAUUUUUAAAGCAUUAUUUAUACCACCACAACAAACUAUAUUGGUUAGCUGUAGUGAUAGCGAUACUAGAGGGCUAGAUACUGGAGCCCCGAAGGAGAUACUUUUUGUGUAAAUAGAAACCGAACUGACGGAAAAGGGCGCGCAAUGAUGUGUAAGAUGAAACACCUGCUGCUCUCCACAUUCGAUGGCACCGGGGCAAGGGUAGUGGAAAACGAUUUAAGUAAAAGCUAAAUCGAGGAGAACAGCAGACGCGAUGCUAAUGCGAAGACAGUGUCCGAUAAUAGUAUUUUUACUAAACGUUUCUACCACACGGCUUACGCGCGUUUGAGAGGAGAUGGAU